UAUAUACAUAUUGUCUGGCCUAGUUAAAAAAAAAAAAAAACCAAGCAAGCAGCUACUUGACUCACAUACUUUUCAAUUCCUAGUCUAAAACAUUGCACUUUCCACACCAUGAAAGUGUUAGCAAUAACACUAUGGGUUCUCUUGUUUUUUUAUUUUGACAAACACCAAGUUUGUUGUUUGUGUACGCAUUUGCAGAGAAAGUGAGCAACGAGCGUAGGAGAGCUUGAAGAAAGAAGUAGAUGAUCCCAUAGAUCUUCUCUCUUCUUGGGUUGUCGGAAAAGAUUGUUGUGAAUGGGAUGGGGUCGUGUGCAACAAUCUGAAUCGUCAUGUGAUUGAGCUACACAUAAUUAGUGAUAGGGCAGAUUGGGAAGAAUCGAGCUAUAUACGGAUCAAUAGCCUUGAGUGACUGCCAAGUCUUUUGAGUCUUGAGCACUUGGAGAUGCGUUAUGUGGAUCUCAGCAAUGCAACUAAUUGGCUACAGGUCAUUAACAUGCUUCCUUCUCUGGUUGAUCUUCGUUUAUUCAAUUGUGGUCUUCAUCAUAUAACACCUCUACUUCAUCACAAUUUUUCUUCACUUGAAACCCUCGAUCUUUCCCGGAACAACUUUAAUUCUCCUGUUCCCAAUUGGGUUUUCAACCUCGCCAGUCUCGUUUCUCUUAAUUUGAGUGAGAGUAGCUUUACUGGCCCGUUUCCUGACGGUCCAGUUAACUUGACUUCUCUCACAACCUUCAGCGCUUCUUUUAACUCUUUCAAUUGUCUUUUACCCACAUGGUUGUUUGAUCUAAGUAAUCUUGAAUAUAUUGAUCUCGGGGGGGGGAGGGGGUGGACUUGAAGGUGCAAUACCGAGUAAGAGCGAAAACAUAACAAAACUUAAAUAUCUCGAUCUUUAUAAUAAUAUGCUUUCUGGAAAGUUACCAAAUUUAAUUGGAAAGCUAAAGAAAUUAGAAUAUCUUGGUCUCUCAGCUAAUCUAUUUGAUGGGGAAGUAUCUGAAUUAUUCAACGGUAGGAGUAAUUUCUUUAAAGCAGAAAUGGGAAAUAGUUCUUCUCUGAGUCAUUUGUAUCUAGACAACAAUAAACUCACUGGAACUCUUCCAAAAAGUCUUGGUCAACUUUCAGUGCUAGAAGAAUUUUCCAUCAGUCACAAUAGGUUGGAAGGUGUUGUAACAGAAAGUCAUUUCUCUGAAUUAACCCAAUUGCGGGUAUUCGUUGCAUCUGGAAAUAAUCUAACUUUAAAAGUGAGUGAAAAUUGGAUUCCACCUUUUCAAGCCAUGUACAUUUACAUAGCCGGCUGGAAUAUAGGCCCUCUGUUUCCCAUGUGGCUUCAAACUCAGAAGAUGAUAACGCAAGUUGACAUAUCAGAUGGUGGAAUACAAGGUGAGGUUCCAACUUGGUUUUGGAACUUGUCUUCUCAAAUUAAACUUCUCAAUCUUUCUCACAACCAAUUUGUUGGUGAGGUUCCAAUCAUCUCAACACCUGCUUGGUCAGUUGGAAACGGAGAUGGUCAUUGGUUAAUAUACUUGGGUUCCAACAAAUUUAGUGGGCCACUACCGUUAAUUUCAACCAAUGUAACUGAGCUAGAUCUCUCGAACAAUUCUUUUUCAAAAGGUUUAUCUAACUUUUUGUGUGAAGGAAAAAAUGAAUCUUAUAAAUUGGAGAUCUUAAUCCUCGGGGAAAUCUAUUUAUCAGAAGAAAUUCCUGAUUGUUGGAUAAAUUGGCCAAAUUUGAGAGUUUUAAUCUUGAGGGACAAUAACUUGAUUGGAGGCAUACCAAGAUCCAUGAAGGUUUUGAGUAAUUUGCAAUCCUUGGACUUCCGAAGAAAUAGACUUAAUGGUCCAUUUCCUUCAUCCUUAGGAAACUGCAAAAAACUGCAUAAAAUAGAUUUAGCUGAGAAUGAGUUUGUUGGGAAAUUACCUUCUUGGUUGGGAUUGAGGUUUCCAACCUUGGUAGUCCUUAUCCUUCCGUCCAAUAAAUUCAAUGGUGAAUUGCCUCAAGAACUUUGUCACCUCAAAGAUCUUCAGAUCUUAGACCUUGCAAACAAUACAUUCAUUGGAAUCAUACCAAGGUGUAUUAGCAAUUUUAGUGCAAUGGUCAAAGAAAAAACGGAAGUGGAAGAUUUUGAGUUAAAUUAUUCCUAUUAUCCGGGAGAUCUGAUAGAGAGUGCAAUGGUGAUGACUAAAGGCAACAUGUAUCAGUAUGACACCAUUUUGGUGUUGUUUGCAAGUAUGGAUAUGUCUAGCAAUUAUCUUUCUGGACAUAUUCCUAUAAGUCUAACACGUCUUGAAGGAUUAAGAUCAUUUAAUUUUUCCAAAAAUAACCUAACUGGUGGGAUUCCAAAUGGUAUUGGCGACAUGAAAACAUUGGAAUCUAUUGAUCUUUCAGAAAAUCAACUUUAUGGUCAAAUCCCACAAAGCUUUUCGAGUUUGUUCACUUUGAGCUACUUGAAUCUAUCUGAUAACAAUUUAUCAGGUAUGAUACCAUUGAGCACUCAACUUCAAAGCUUUGAUCCCACUAGUUUUCAAGGAAACAAUCUCUGCGGGCUUCCACUCUUGGUGAACUGCAGUUCAGGUGGUAAAACUCCAAAUCUUGAGUAUGAAGAAGAUGAGAAUGACAAAGAUGAAGUGGAUUGGUUCUACAUUUCAAUGGCAAUAGGAUUUGCACUAAGCUUUUGGGGUGUAUGUGGUUCAUUGCUUUUUAAGAGAUCAUGGAGACAUGCUUAUUUUCGUUUCUUAGACCGUAGCUGGGAAUGGUUGCUUGCAAAGGCUCCGAUAUGUUGAGAGAUAUGACUAACCUGGAAGCAUGAACAGUUUUCAAGGAUGAAAGUCACAGCAGCAACACUUUCUGAACUUUCUGCUGCACCUGAAUUACUGGAAAGCACGGGAGGUCUGGCUGAUAGCAGCUUCGUGUGACUCAAAUUUUGGUAGACUUCCUUUGCAAGUGUGUCUUCAACAAAUUUCUUUAUACACAGAGACACAUUUACAGCCAGAAGCAGAAAAGCAUAAACAUAUUUGCAGAUGAUAGUAGUUUAGCUGUCAAUCCUUCCUACAUAAGGUCUUAGAUAGACCUUUUAUCUACAACACCUCGAGUGGCACCUUUUCUUUCAAAAAACGACCAGCUUAUUAAGGCACUAGAGAAGGAAUUAGCUGAUCAUACUGUAGAGGUGAAUGUUCAGCAUGAGACUCAAGAUGGAACGUUCACUUUUUUUACGAUUAAGUUGCAUAUAUAUCAGGUUGCCAGCGUGACAUUCGACCUGCUUUUGUUGUUGGUUCUAGGAUCAUACUUGAUUACACUUUUCAGUUUUCUUUUUAUCACCACCAGGGGUCUUGACGAUCUUAUUAGUCUAUUCCGUCGUCACACAUCACGGAAAGUAAAAACUGCUUGAUUCCUGAAACAAGACAUUCUGCAUCAGCCGCUUGUGAAUCAAGAAGCAGGCGUUACUUUUUGUAACCUUAAGGAAGCUCCUCUUAGCCAAGUUGUUUCCUAUUGAUCAAUGGUUCAGUGUGUCGUAGUCUAAACGUUUAGCACUUGAUGGAAAAGUUCCACAUAUUUUGCUUUGGUUGGUAUCCCGUAGUCAUUUUUUUACUGAGAUAAGAAUGUAAUUCUUGCAGCCGGCCUUUCUCAUAGAAUUAUGAGUUCUAAACUUGUAAUCGAGCUGACGCAAGGCGUCAAUUUUGACGGAUCGAGUGUAUUUAUGUUCCAAGAAAGAUGCAGCAGGAAUUCUGCUUUGUUAGAGAAUCUUUUCAAAUA